GCAAAGCUUAGAAAAGUUACAAAGUUGUUUGUUUGAGAAACAAAAAAUAUUGAAAAUGGCGUCUUAUCGAAGUGCUCGCUCUCAUGUCGGUUGGUUCACCAAGCUAAGCUUGACAUUGAUUCUGGUAUUGGUUUUGCGACAAAAUGGAACACAAGCAUUGAAAUCAUUUGGUCCGUCCAUUAACUGCGGCCCGAACAGCGUGUAUCCUGAAAGUUGCAAACAUGGCAGCUUCAGUAUAAACUUUAACCCUGAGUUCUGUCUUCCACGCACAUUAUGUCGCAAGGGUGUGGGUGAGGUUUGCCGCGAAUAUGGCGGCAGCAGCGAUUGCAAACCGGGCUUGUACUGCAACUGUUAUCACCGCUGUAGUGAAAAUCCCGAUAUCUGUCCAUUUUUUGGCAAUGGCAUAUUGGAUUUGAAUACGAAGAACUAGAUAAUGGAAAUAAAAAUUAGGUUUAGACACUUUUAAACUCAUAAUGGUUUAGACGGCUCAGCAGCAUUAGUAUGUAUGCAGUAUUUAUACCUAUAGUUAGCUUAUACGAAAGUCAUAUUAAUAAUGUAAUAGCUUUCGAUAAUUUAGAUUUAAAUAUAGUACUACAUUCAUCAUAUGCGAUGAAAAUUUUAAAAUAUUUAUUAUGACAUACCUAAAUUUUAGCGAAAAUACUUACUUAAAUAUACAUAUGAGCAAAUAUUGAAAAUC